AUGUCUGAAAUCAUGAGGCAUUCGGAGCGUCUCACAGAUGGAGAUGAUGGGGUGGUGCGCUCAAUUCGCGACGUACCUAUCACCGAGCAACGAAAACCUUUCAUAAACUCAAAAGGCUCAAAGUUACAACAUACGGGUACUGCCCGAGCGAAUCUCGCACCAUCAGCAGAAUCGCCCCAAGGCACCAAGGAUUGGAAAGAGCAGCACUCCCAUCAGACCGUUCUACAACAACAUUGCGACUUCUUUGACCGCGACCACGAUGGCAUCCUUUGGCCACAAGAUACAUUUGUUGGCUUCUACCGGCUUGGUUUUGGUGUCAUCCUAUCCAUCGUCGCGGUGUUCGUUAUCCACGCCAACUUCUCAUACCCGACGUGCUCCGGAUGGCUACCUGACCCAUUCUUUCGUGUCUUCCUUAAGAAUGUACAUAAGGACAAGCAUGGGAGUGAUACUGGGACUUACGAUACCGAAGGACGCUUUCUGCCACAGAAGUUUGAAGACAUCUUUGCGAAAUAUGCAGAGGGGAGAGACUACUUGACGAUCUGGGAUGUGAGCAACGUGCUCAAGGGACAACGGUGUAUUGCUGAUCCAAUCGGUUGGGGUGGUGCAUUCUUUGAAUGGAUUGCUACGUACAUCAUGCUCUGGCCUGAGGACGGCCGAAUGAUGAAGGAAGAUAUUCGUCGCAUCUACGACGGGAGUAUAUUUUACACUAUUGCUGAAAGACGAGAGAAGGCUCCGUGA